AUGGGAGAAGAAGCUGCAUACAAAGAAUGGGAAAAAGUAAAUGGAGUAAAAUAUAUUGAAGAAGAUAAAUUAUUAGAGUGGAAUGAUUCUGAACGAGAACAAAUUUUUAAAGAUAGACCAUGGAAGAAAGAUCCCUAUUAUUUCAAAAAGUGUUAUGUUAGUUCAGUGGCAUUAUUAAAAAUGGUAAUGCACGCAAAACAAGGAGAGCCAUUAGAGAUUAUGGGUAUUCUUAUUGGACAAACAAAAGGAGAUUCAUUUGUGAUUACUGAUGUAGUUAGUCUUCCAGUUGAAGGAACUGAAACAAGAGUUAAUGCAUCUGCUGAUUGUGAUGCUUAUAUGUUGCAAUAUGGAGAAUACAAAAAUAGUACUGGAUUUAAAGAACCUUUUUGUGGAUGGUAUCACUCACAUCCAAGUUAUAAAUGUUGGUUAUCUGGUAUUGAUGUUGCUACAGAAAAAUUACACCAAAGCAUUAACGAUCCAUGGAUUGCUAUAGUUGUAGAUCCUGUCACAACAUCUACAAAUGGUAAAAUAGAAAUUGGUGCAUUUAGAACAUUCCCAGAAGGAUUUAAACCACAACAAAAAGCUGAAAUGAAAAAAGUACUUCCAAGUGAGAAAAUAGCAGAUUUUGGGUCGUAUUAUGAUUCAUAUUAUUCUAUUAAAGUUGAAUUAUUUAAAACAAAAUUAGAUGACCAAGUACUUCGUUUAUUAUGGCAUGAAUAUUGGAUUAACACACUUGCAGCAACAGCUAUUAUUUCUUCACGAGAUAUUAUGGACGAAAAAAUUAUUGACUUAUAUGAUAAAUUUACUGCAGAAUUAAAAAAUAAUAAAAGUAAUGUUGUAGAUGCUUGUGGUGCUAUUUUAGAUGAUGCAAAAGAAAUCCAAAUGAUUUAUGAACGAGGUAUUAAAUCUUUAGAUUUAAAGAAUAUUUUAUUUAAUCAGAAAGUUACUGGAAAAUAA